AAAACCGACUGGGUAGGUCGCUCUUUGUUUCUGCUUUGGAGGAAAAACCGAGAGACGUCGCAACCGGCGAGGAUUCAAACAUCGCGUUUCACCGCCAGCGGGACCUUGCUGCUGUCAAACAUUCCCAACUUCCCCUGAGAGAUGUCCACUCCUGACCCCCCGAUGGGAGGGACACCUCGGCCGGGACCCUCCCCAGGCCCAGGGCCAUCUCCAGGAGGCAUGAUGGGCCCAAGUCCAUCACCAGGGUCAUCCCACAGCAUGAUGGGGCCCAGUCCGGGGCCCCCUGGAUCUGGGCACCCCCACCCUCCACAGGGACCCUCAGGAUAUCCUCAGGAAAACAUGCACCAGAUGCACAAACCAAUGGAAGCCAUGCAUGAGAAGGGAAUGCCCGAUGACCCUCGCUACGGACAGAUGAAGAACAUGGGCAUGAGACCAGGGGGGCACAGUGGUAUGGGACCCCCUCCAAGCCCCAUGGACCAACACUCUCAAGGUUACCCAUCACCAUUGGGUGGUUCCGAGCAUGCACCGAGCCCUGGCCCAGCCAAUGGCCCUCCCUCGGGCCCCAUGAUGCCCCAGGGUCCGCCCGGCCCCGGCGCUGGGCCUAUGGAAGGCAGCGGUGACCCUAAUCAGGGCAUGGGUCAACCUAACCGUGGCGGUCCCCAGGGUCCAGUGGGACCAGGUGGAGCAGGAGGCGGACCUGUCGGUGCUGGUGGGCCAGGUGGGCCCACUCCUUUCAACCAGAACCAGUUGCAUCAACUCAGGGCCCAGAUCAUGGCUUACAAGAUGCUGGCCCGCAGUCAGCCCCUACCUGAUCACCUGCAGAUGGCUGUGCAGGGGAAGAGGCCCAUGCCAGGAAUGCAGCAGCAGCCCAUGCCUAACAUGCCACCUUCUACCGGACCCGGAGGUGGGCCUGGACCCGGACCGGGACCAGGUCAAGCCAACUACAACAGACCACACGGCAUGGUUGGUCCCAAUAUGGUCCCCCCCGGACCUGCAGGGGUUCCCCCAGGUAUGCAGGGCCAGCCGACCAAUGGACCUCCCAAAUCCUGGCCUGAAGGACCUAUGGUGAACGCUGCUGCUCCAUCCAAUCCCCCCCAGAAGUUGAUCCCCCCUCAGCCCACUGGCAGACCCUCGCCCGCUCCUCCCUCUGUGCCCCCCGCUGCCUCCCCAGUCAUGCCCCCUCAGACACAGUCCCCGGGUCAGCCUGCCCAGCCUCCUCCCAUGAUGCUGCACCAGAAGCAGAACCGCAUUACCCCCAUUCAAAAACCCCGCGGGCUGGACCCAGUGGAGAUCCUCCAGGAAAGAGAAUACAGGCUACAGGCCCGUAUCGCUAACCGUAUCCAGGAGCUGGAGAACCUGCCCGGCUCUUUGGCCGGUGACCUGCGUACCAAGGCCACCAUUGAGCUGAAGGCCCUGAGGCUGCUGAACUUCCAGAGACAGCUGCGUCAGGAGGUGGUGGUUUGCAUGCGGCGUGACACGGCGUUGGAAACCGCCCUCAACGCUAAGGCCUACAAGCGCAGCAAGCGUCAGUCUCUACGCGAGGCCCGCAUCACCGAGAAGCUGGAGAAGCAACAGAAGAUCGAGCAGGAGCGCAAACGUCGUCAGAAACACCAGGAAUACCUCAACAGCAUCCUGCAGCACGCCAAGGACUUUAAGGAGUACCACCGCUCCAUCACAGCAAAGCUCCAGAAGGCCACCAAGGCUGUCGCCACCUACCAUGCCAACACCGAGCGAGAGCAGAAGAAAGAGAACGAGCGCAUCGAGAAGGAGCGAAUGCGGAGGCUGAUGGCUGAAGAUGAAGAGGGAUAUCGUAAACUUAUCGACCAGAAGAAAGACAAGCGUCUGGCCUACCUGCUCCAGCAGACAGACGAGUACGUGGCCAACCUCACUGAGCUGGUGCGAGCCCACAAAGCCGUGCAAGCUCUCAAAGACAAGAAGAAGAAGAAGAAGAAGAAGAAGCCCGAGGCCGCAGAGGGUCGUUCUUCUGCUCUGGGACCUGAUGGAGAGCCUUUAGAUGAGACCAGUCAAAUGAGUGACCUGCCUGUGAAGCUCGUCCAUGUUGACAGUGGAAAGAUCCUGACUGGGAUUGAAGCACCUAAGGCUGGUCAGCUGGAGACCUGGCUUGAGAUGAACCCAGGAUAUGAAGUAGCCCCUCGUUCAGACAGUGAAGCGAGUGAUUCAGAAGACGAGUAUGAGGAUGAGGAGGAAGAGGAAGUGCUGCCUCCGCCUCCACCUCCGCCUCCACCCAUUGUCGCUCCGGUAGAGGAGAAGAAGAAGAUUCCCAACCCCGAUAGUGACGAAGUAUCUGAAGUGGAUGUCCUGCACAUCAUCGAACACGCCAAGCAGGAUGUAGAUGAUGAGUACAGUAAUGCGAGUUUCGAACGAGGCCUUCAGUCCUACUACGCUGUGGCUCAUGCUGUCACAGAGACAGUGGACAAGCAGUCGACGCUGCUGAUCAACGGGCAGCUAAAGCAAUACCAGAUCAAGGGUCUGGAGUGGCUGGUGUCACUUUACAACAACAACUUGAACGGCAUCCUGGCCGACGAGAUGGGUCUCGGAAAAACGAUUCAGACCAUCGCCCUCAUCACUUACCUCAUGGAGAACAAGCGCCUCAACGGGCCCUUCCUCAUCAUCGUACCUCUCUCAACUCUUUCGAACUGGGUCUACGAGUUUGAUAAGUGGGCGCCAUCUGUCCACAAGAUCUCCUACAAGGGGUCUCCCGCUGCUCGGCGUGCGUUCGUUCCCAUCUUGCGAAGCGGCAAGUUCAACGUGCUGCUCACCACGUACGAGUACAUCAUCAAAGACAAACAAGUGCUAGCAAAGCUCCGUUGGAAGUACAUGAUUGUGGACGAGGGCCAUCGUAUGAAGAACCACCACUGUAAGCUCACCCAGGUCCUGAACACGCACUACCUGGCUCCACGGCGUGUGCUGCUCACGGGCACCCCGCUGCAGAACAAGCUCCCUGAGCUCUGGGCCCUGCUCAACUUCCUCCUGCCAACCAUCUUCAAGAGCUGCACGACCUUUGAGCAGUGGUUCAACGCCCCCUUCGCCAUGACUGGAGAGAAGGUGGACCUGAAUGAAGAAGAGACCAUUCUGAUCAUCCGUCGUCUACACAAGGUUCUCCGACCGUUCUUACUGCGCCGACUCAAGAAAGAAGUGGAGGCCCAGCUGCCAGAGAAGGUGGAGUAUGUGAUCAAGUGCGACAUGUCCGCCCUGCAGAGGGUUCUGUACAGACACAUGCAGGCCAAGGGAGUGCUGCUCACAGACGGGUCGGAAAAAGACAAGAAGGGUAAAGGAGGCACGAAGACCUUGAUGAACACUAUCAUGCAGCUGAGGAAGAUUUGCAACCACCCUUACAUGUUCCAGCACAUCGAGGAGUCUUUCUCUGAGCAUCUCGGUCACUCCGGUGGAGUUGUCACUGGGCCUGACCUGUACCGCUCCUCUGGGAAGUUUGAGCUGCUGGACCGUAUCCUGCCCAAGCUCAGGGUCACCGACCACAAGGUGCUGCUCUUCUGUCAGAUGACCACACUCAUGACCAUCAUGGAGGACUACUUUGCAUUCCGCGGCUUCAAGUACCUGCGUUUGGACGGAACCACCAAGGCUGAGGACCGCGGCAUGCUGCUCAAGACGUUCAACGACCCAGCCUCGGAUUACUUUGUGUUCCUGCUCAGUACCAGAGCUGGAGGCCUGGGCCUCAACCUGCAGUCUGCUGACACAGUGGUCAUCUUUGACAGUGACUGGAAUCCACAUCAGGACUUGCAGGCGCAGGACAGAGCCCAUCGUAUCGGGCAGACCAACGAAGUGCGCGUCCUCCGCCUCUGCACCGUCAACAGCGUGGAGGAAAAGAUUCUGGCCGCGGCAAAGUAUAAACUGAACGUGGACCAGAAGGUCAUCCAGGCCGGCAUGUUCGACCAGAAGUCCUCAGGCUGUGAGCGACGGGCUUUCUUACAGGCCAUCCUGGAGCACGAGGAGCAGGACGAAGGGGGGGCUCGAGGUGGCUGCCGCACGAGGGGGGCGUGGGAGGAGGAUGAGGUUCCUGAUGAUGAGACUGUCAACCAGAUGAUUGCCAGAAGUGAAGAGGAGUUUGAGCUGUUCAUGCGCAUGGAUCUAGACCGACGCCGGGAGGACGCUCGCAAUCCCAAGAGGAAACCCCGUCUGAUGGAGGAAGACGAUAUGCCCAGCUGGAUUCUGAAAGACGACGCUGAGGUUGAGAGGCUCACGUGUGAAGAAGAGGAGGAGAAGAUGUUCGGCAGAGGUUCCCGCGCCCGGAAGGAGGUGGACUACAGUGACUCGCUCACGGAGAAGCAGUGGCUCAAGGCCAUAGAGGAAGGUAAUCUCGAGGACAUUGAAGAGGAGGUGCGUCACAAAAAGACAACGAGAAAGCGCAAGAGGGACCGCGACCACGACGGCCCGGCCACACCCAGCUCCAGCAGCGGUCGAGUGCGGGACAAGGACGAGGAGGUGAAGAAGGCAAAGAAACGUGGUCGCCCGCCUGCUGAGAAACUCUCUCCCAACCCCCUGUCCCUCACCAAAAAGAUGAAGAAGACAGUUGACGCUGUGAUCAAGUACAAGGAUGGCAAUGGGCGACAGCUGAGUGAAGUCUUCGUCCAGCUGCCGUCUCGCAAGGAGCUGCCUGAGUACUACGAGCUGAUCCGCAAACCUGUGGACUUCAGAAAGAUCAAGGAGAGGAUCAGGAGCCACAAGUACCGCGGCCUGAACGACCUGGAGAAGGACGUGAUGCUGCUGUGUCAAAAUGCACAGACCUUCAACCUGGAGGGGUCUCUGAUCUACGAGGAUUCCAUCGUGCUUCAGUCUGUCUUCACCAGUGUGAGGCAGAAGAUCGAGAAGGAGGACGAGAGCGAAGGAGAGGAGAGUGAGGAAGAGGAGGAGGAGCUGGAUGAAGGCUCGGAGUCUGAAUCCCGUUCAGUGAAGGUGAAGAUCAAGCUCAGCCGGAAAGAGAAGGGCGAUCGUUCAGGAAAAGGACAACGACGAAGAGGCCGCGGCGCUCGGGCCAAGCCGGUGGUGAGCGACGAUGACAGUGACGAGGAGCAGGAGGAGGAGCAUUCGGCCAGUGGCAGCGAUGAAGACUGAAGCGAUCCACUCCUUAUCGGACCAAGGCCCACUGAGCCCUUUACUGGACUUAAUAUAUUUUACUUAGACACAGCAGGGAGACAGUCAGUGGACAGGGCCUAGUUUUACCUAGAUGAGCUGAUUUUUAGUGAGACAAUUGUAUUCUCAUUAAAGUAUACAAUUAAUUAAAAAACAAUAAAAAAAAAAAUAUGAAAGAUAUGAACUCUCCACUUCCAUAUUUAAACCAUAUUCCCUGUAUGAGUAGUAGUGUGUCUCUUUGCCUUUUUGCUUUCUCCUGUAAGUGGAAAAUUGACAGAGCCUGAACUAUAGACUGAUCGUGGGCCAUUAAGACAGCUAACUGUUUUUUUAAAAUGAUAUUAAUUUUGUCAUCUUUUACUUUGGGACAACACGUACACGUGAACCAGGAGUCACUGCGUUCCUCCUCUUCCCUUUUUGAAUGCAUGUCGUGCGUGUCUGUGGAAAUGCACCUGGAUGUGUCUUUGCUAUUAUCUCUGUGUUUAAUUUAAGACUACAAGCGGGAUUGCGGUACAUCCCACCCUGCAAGCCCCCCCCUCUCAGGUUGUGUAUGUAAAGAGGGGGGGGGGAAGGAUAGGACCAUUUUCUCGUGUCGGUGUCACUGGAUUCCAAAAACUACAAUAAAGGCAUCUCAUAAUAAA